ACUGUAGCAAAAGGUCCAACUUUGACGAUAAUAUGAGUAUAACAACGGCCGUCAUAUUUAACUCUAUAAAUCAAUCGCAACCUCAAUGGCCGUCCCCUUCAAAGGCCGACUCAAUCGGUUCGGCCGGCGAUAAGACAGCCUUUGAAACGGCCUAUCGUUUCAUUCACGGCAAACAUUCGGGCAAUUUUUAUCUCAAGUGCGGAAUGACUGUUUUUUGUUUCGGAAGUAUAAUCUAUAUGGGGGUCCAGUUGUUCACUGAAGUCUAUUAUUAUAUAAAUGGUGUCGAGAAAUGUGAGGACCCAUACCGAACAAUAGCGAGUUUUGCCCUGAUGCAUUUGGUGGGUGUGUCAAUGGCCACA